AUGAGAUCACAGAGAAGUGAAGUCAGUUUUCAAUUCGUGGGAGACAGUUUGUAGUUACGCGCAUUUCGUCAUUAUGUUUCAUUUUCCAUGGUCUCUUGGCUUGCGUGGCCAUCUUGCGCGAGAGGUGGCAGAAUGUCACCUAACCUUGAGCUUUAAAUUAGUUAACGAUAAUUGAGGGAUGGGUUGCAAAGAUUAGAGAAGUGAAAGGAUUAAAAACUGUAAAGUUUGCAAUAAUCAAUGAUCCAAUACACUGUAUUACUGAUGUUUUUGAAAAUAACGAUUUAUUUUUGUUGCAUUGUAAUGAAUAAAACAUAUGUAUACUAUAAGAUUCGUUACAUGAAGUAUAUAUCAAAAUUUAAUAUGGCCGACUGCGAUGGUCACAAUUGCUCUGGUCACAAUCACAUCAGCGAAGAAAAAGGAGUACAAUAUUCAUUGUUCACGAAAAUUGACUUUACACAUGUUGAAGUUUUAAAUGAAGCUGAAGAAGGAACAGGAAAAACAGUUUUUAAACCGUGGGAGGAGAGACUAGAUAGAAAUAAGUUUGUAGAAAGUGACGUUGAUCAAGAGCUAUUAUUUAACAUUCCAUUUACCGGUAAUGUGAAACUAAAAGGUGUCAUUGUAAUGGGAGGAGAAGGAGAGCAACAUCCGAGAGUUUUAAAACUUUAUAAGAACAGACCUCAUAUGACCUUUGAUGAAACGGAAAUGGAACAAGAUCAAAUGUUUGAGCUUGUUCACGAUUUCAAUGGCACAAUUGAAUACACCACAAAAGUGCCAAGAUUUUCAAGUAUUCAAUGUUUGUCAAUGUAUUUCCCCUUAAACUAUGGUGCAGAAACAACCAUAAUUACAUAUAUUGGUCUAAAAGGUGAAUUUCAAGAGGCUCACAGACAUGAAGUUACAAUUUGUAAUUAUGAAACCAGAGCAAAUCCUGCUGACCAUAAAACAACAUUCUUGAACUCUGUCAAUCACACAAUCUCAUGAAACUUGAGUUAGAAUAAGUCCUUGGAAUAAGUUAGAAUAUGAACAAUGGCCUUUAAAAUUUAUAUUAAUUUAUUUAUUUGCUGUUUUGUUGGUGCAUAUCAUUGAAAACUGUUGAUAAUGCUGAAGACAUCGCACUUAACAUUCACAUUACUCUUUUCAAUACUGUUAUGAAUAAGAUUACAAACACCGCUUGGGGCUAUACUAUGUAUGGAAGAGGAUGAAUUAUUAAUAUGUCAGCCGUUCGUCCGCAUUUUUGCAUA